CUUUUCGCCCCAUCACAACGAGCUUCAGUACAUGGAUCUUCUGCUUCUUUAUUUUUGAUGAAAUGGGAGUACGGGUAGUGCAAUUAAUUGAUUGUAUUGUGCGAUGACCUAAUUGGUGGCAUCGCUCCCGCGGUCAUUUUCCCGCUCUCAGCCACUCUGCCGCUAUCGGUUCUCGCUUCACUCUAUCUCUCGUCUCUCUACCCUCAUGGCGCCGGAGAAGAAGAAGCGCCGCCGCUCCGACGACGACGGCGAGGACUCAGCCCUCACCUUCAAGAACCGCCUCAAACCCGACUCUAUCAUCCUUCAGACCAUCCGAUCUCUCUCCGCCUCCUCAUCUUCCGCCUCCACCUCCAAAACGCUAACCCUCGCCGAUCUCUCUCUCUCCUCCACCUGCCGUGAGGUCACGGACCUCUCCCUCGACUCCGUCCAGUCCAAAAUCGAAUCCCUAAUCCUCAGAGUCGCUAAAUCCAUCCUCUCCGGUGAUGGCUGCUCCUUCGACGUCCCUUCCCGCUCCUCCGCGAACCAGCUCUACGUCCCGGAACUCGACCGCAUCGUUCUCAAGGAUAAGAACACCCUCCGCCCCUUCGCUAACGUCUCCACUGUCCGCAAGUCCACCAUAACCGCCCGCAUCCUCCAGCUCAUUCUUCAGCUCUGCAUCAAGAGCAUCCAUGUCACCAAGCGUGACCUAUUCUACACCGACGUCAAGCUCUUCCAGGACCAGACCCAGUCCGAUGCCGUCCUUGAUGAUGUCUCCUGUAUGCUGGGAUGCACUAGAUCUAGCCUUAACGUGAUCGCUUCCGAGAAGGGAGUGGUUGUUGGGAGGCUUAUAUUCAGCGACAAUGGUGAUAUGAUCGACUGUACGAAGAUGGGUAUGGGAGGAAAGGCCAUUCCUCCGAACAUCGAUAGGGUUGGGGAUAUGCAGAGUGAUGCGCUAUUCAUACUGCUGGUCGAAAAGGAUGCCGCUUUUAUUCGAUUAGCAGAGGACAGGUUCUACAAUCGGUUCCCAUGCAUCAUUGUAACUGCCAAAGGGCAGCCCGAUGUGGCCACGAGGUUGUUUUUGAGGAAAAUGAAGAUGGAGCUAAAAUUGCCUGUCCUUGCUCUAGUGGACAGCGACCCUUACGGUUUAAAGAUCUUAUCUGUUUAUGGUUGCGGGUCGAAGAACAUGUCCUAUGAUAGUGCAAAUUUGACGACCCCCGAUAUCAAGUGGCUGGGGGUGAGGCCGAGCGACUUGGAUAAGUACAAGAUACCGGAGGAGUGCAGGUUGUCGAUGACCGAGCAGGAUAUUAAGACUGGGAAGGAUAUGUUGGAGGAGGAUUUCGUGAAGAAAAACCCGGGGUGGGUCGAGGAGCUAUCUUUGAUGGUGAAGACAAAGCAGAAGGCUGAAAUUCAGGCUUUGAGUACAUUCGGAUUUCAGUACCUGUCCGAGGUUUACUUGCCCCUGAAACUGCAGCAACAGGACUGGAUUUGAAUUGAGCUGCAAAUGGAUUCGAGGGAGAUGGGAAUUUCAUGCUUUCCUUUAUUGGGAAAUUGACAUACAGCCCAAAAACUUGUUUCUAUUGAUAAUGUUCUGAUCAUGUAGCUCUCAGUAUCAGUUUAUUGUGAGAGAAGCAAACGUUGUCUCUUGUUAUUUAGAAUUGUAGUCAUCUAAAGGUUCUGGUGUUUUUCUUGGAAUCAAUGUAAUAGCUCAAACAUGUGACACUGGUGAAAACCCGAAUCAAUUAAGCAAUGAUCGAUUUAUUA